AGCCCAGCGUUCCCGUCGCGAGCGAUGGGCAAGCAUCGCACAAGAUACGCAGAGUAUUGUUCUUGGGGAUGGCAAGACAGACCAAGCCCUCAGUGGCGUCCGCGACUAGACACAUUUCACAUGAUAUCGGGCCUCAGAUUCUACUCAGCAGGCAGGGAACUACCUUUUAUCCCCAUUGUUCGCCGUCUCUUGCAGACUGGCGCAAGUCCGAUCUAGCUCGUAGACCGGACUCACCCAUGCAUUCCACAAUAAUCCAAUUCACGCCCUCUUCAACGCUUACCGCCGCUCGUAGGCUGCACAACAGCAAUGCCGAGCCCUCGGGUUCUCAACGCAGCCCCGCCUCUAUCCCGAUCGGUGUAUUAUCGUUCGCAUCGCCCAAGAGAGCCGGUGGUGGCUACCUCCAUGGUGGUAAUGAACAGGAAGAAGGCCUUGCUAGGUGUAGUACCCUUGUUGCAAGCCUCCGGACUGACCAAGCGAAAGAGUUUUACAAGACGCACAGAAGAUUUCUCAGCAUGGAUGGUGCCGGCAUCCAUGACCAUUCAAUGGUGUACAGCCCCGGUGUAGUCGUAUUCAGGGAUGAUGAUGAUGAAGCCGAAUCAAAUGCUGUCUCGACAGACCAUCCAACUAUACCCCCUAAUAAUCAAGAUUCUAACCAGAAAUCCACCUUCAUUCCUCCUUACACAAUUAAUGUCCUCUCCGCUGUCCCCGUCAAUGCCGCUGCAAUCAGACAGAAUUAUCUCAUCACUGCUUCUGAUGCACAUGUCUUUUCUGACGGCAUUUGUGACAAAAUGCGGGAUAGGAUGGCUCGUGCACUGAGGAUCUUUCAAACACGCGGAGAUCAAACAUUGGUGCUAGGAGCAUUCGGAUGUGGAUCAUGCGAGAACAAAGUGGAGAUGAUAGCGGAGCUUUGGGCAGAGUUGUUGGUGUGUGGAGAGAGGACAAGCGGAGGGGCGAAGGAGCACAAGAGCAAGGCGAAAUACAAGGAUGUUUUUGAAGAGAUAGUUUUUGCUGUUCCAGGGAAGCACUUCGAGCCCUUCAAGAAAGCAUUCGAGAUGCGAGUGUUUGAGGCAGAGUUAUCAGAUGCUGCAAGUGAUACGGAUGCUUAGUGAGAUUCGGUUUUUAUUUUGCAGUGAUGUUGAUGAUUGCUAUAGGAUAUGUAGGUUGUAAAGGUUAUUGUUGUAGCAUCAUAUCUGUGAUACCCUUCAGAUAUUUUUAUAUUCAAAUACAGUUAUUGUAUCGUUAGCAUCGCUGUCGGUGCACAAACAUGGAGUAGGGACUCCCCUAUUCUGGAUGGCGAAGAGCCUCGGAAUUCGAAUGCAAUUCUUGGUCAAUGGGCGAAAGUCGAAAUAUUCAGUUCGCAACCUCUCAGCAGCCCUUGUCAUUUGUCCGUCCACAUUUGGGACUCCAACGCCACUCACUUGUUUUCCUAGUUGUAGGCGUUGCUUGUUCUACGCUUCAACUUCCAGUCCUAUUGAGUAGGUUGCAAGACAAAUGGACGUCACCAGGAUAAAAUAAUGCAGUGCAGUGCCCCAUUCUGCAUUGAAGUAUUAUAUAUAAGCUUCAACCCCCAAGGCGACUUUUAUGGAUAUAGGUUCGGUCCGACAAGAUGCACCGCUCCCCAAUGUCACUUGAACAAACAACUGAUGAUCACUGAUUUCUCAACCCUCAAAGAGAACAAUAGCGACUUCGCGAAUGCGGAAUGUUAUCAUAUUCCACGGUAGCUUCCUCUUCACUGGUUUGCCCAUUCCAUGACUUCUAGAAGUGUCGCGCAUAGACUUCUGUACAGUGAUCAGAAACUCUGUCGCAAAAAUCCGUUUUUCAUGAUUUGGCCGAAUGCGACCUGAUAACGCUGUAAGAAAUUUGGAUAACAUAUUAGAUACAAAACGCUGCGGACAGGUUCGAU